UCACAGUGUAAGAGCUCACGCCGAUCCAUUUCUCAGCAUGGCGCGGUUCUGAUUGUCAUUCGUUACAACUGUGGGCUUUUUCACUGCUUUAGCUCGCCAUGACAGGCUCUACAGCAGCGCAGUAACAGGAGGAGUGCAGUGCAGCCUUGUGUGAACAGCGCCAGGCCGGGUCGACCAUGGAGGAGGCAGAGACGGCGGAGGAGCUGGUAGCCAAACAGCAUCGCAAGGAAAAGAAAGAGCUGCAAGCUAAAAUACAGAGUAUGAAGAAUGCCGUGCCUAAAAAUGACAAGAAAAGGAGGAAGCAGCUGACUGAAGACGUUGCCAGAUUAGAGGCUGAGCUGAGUCAAAAACAUGAGAAUGAGCUCAAACAGCUACAGAACUCUAACCCUGCAGAGAAGGUUGACGAGGUUGUGGAUGCUGUUGAUUCCAUAAAUCUGGCUUGCGGAGAGCAAGCAGACAAUAAGCAGGCGCGAGUGUCUAAGGCUCAGAAGAGACGGGACAAGAAGGCUGCUCAAGAGAAAGAGAGAGAGAAUCGCAUUGCUGAGGCAGAGGAGGAGAACCUGUUAGGAUCUAGACACCAAGAGGGUCUGAAACUGAGGCAGAAGCUGGCAGAGAAGCAGCUGCAGAUCAAGGAGAUGUCUUCCGAUGGUCACUGCAUGUACCGUGCUGUAGAAGACCAGCUGGUAGAGCGUGGACGAGCCCUCGGGAUCAAGGAACUCCGUGCUCAAACGGCCCAGUAUAUGAGGAGCCACUCGGAUGAUUUCCUGCCUUUCCUCACUAACCCAAACACUGGGGACAUGUACACUGCAGAUGAAUUUGAGAAGUACUGCAGUGAUGUUGCAGAAACAGCAGCUUGGGGUGGACAGUUAGAGUUAAGGGCCCUGACACAAGUCCUCCAGUUACCAGUAGAGGUUAUUCAAGCGGAUUCUCCUGCAAUAGUCAUUGGUGAAGAAUAUGACAAACCGCCAGUCACUCUGAUUUACAUGAGACAUGCAUAUGGGCUGGGGGAGCACUACAACUCUGUGGAGCCGCUGAAAGAUGCAGCAAGUGAGGAGCAAGAAUGAAUAGAUCAUAGAUUACUGUAGGACAGAGCACCUGUGCUGGACCUUGCAUCAGUUUGGACAGAGGUCAAAACUAAAACCUGGCUUCCUUCACUUCCAGUACUGACCAACUAGAUACUGAAUCUACAAGAGGAGACGACUUUCAAGGCAACAAAGGUUCCAAGAAAAUCAAUGAAAACAUGGCAGUUAUUCACAGUAAUCACUCAGUACUCUGUAAUAGCUGCAUAUAAGGCGAGAAGCUUGGAGCGGAAACAGGCCACGUGUUAAAGCUGUCUUGAAAUAAAAAAAUAAUUUUCAAUAGA